AUGAUGAUGGUACCUCGUUCCUUCGUUCAGAACCCUCUGGCCUUGAAUCAAAGACGAAGGUCCAGUUUGAGUGAGAAGGAACUCCUGUCUUCCCAAAAUGCCUCCAAUAAUCGCUCGCGUUCGCCCUCACCUUCAACCCGGUCCAAACAGCCUCCCGAGAUAAGAUACAAGGCUCCAUCAGACCCUGUCAAAAUCCCCAAUCGAAACCCCAGACGUCUACCCACUCAACCAGAAAGACCAGGCCCAACAACUAUACAACUCCCAAGAUCUAGUCCUACGAGCGCACCACAGAUUCGGACCCAAAAAAAGGAAUCUGCCCAAGACAUCCUUUCAUCCACCACCAUCCCCAUCCGGAGAAGACCUAGACAAAGACCCGCUCAACGUUUACCCAACUGCGACUAUGUUGCAGAUUUUAGCAAACUUCUUCGGGAUGAUGUACAAACCCAAAGUGAGCCAAAUUUGUCCGGGAGUUGGACAAAUCCACACUUUGAGGGCUUGUUUGGAAACAUUGAUGGCUUCAUGGACGACCAGAUGAUUGUGGGAAGUGAAGGUGUUGAUGCCAGUAUACUGUCCACCCGGUCCAUUUCUACCGAUUCCAUGCCUUCCUUGGCUUCUCCCGACGAUUUCAGUAGCAACGAUAUGCCUAGUGUUUCUCCUGCCACCAUUCGAUCUCCAUCAGAUCAUAGGUUGCGACAAGUCGCCAGUUCAGAAGAUUGCAGCAACCAGCACCCUCUUCUUAUCCAGGAUGAAGAUUAUCAACUGAGUGGGACCUCCACUCCCGAACUAGUGAUAUCUUCGCCGCCAAAGUCGAGACAUCGAGAGGUCUUGGAUCAUAAGCCAUACCGUUCUUUCAAGUCCAGUCUCACGGCCUCUUUGAAAGCAUUAAAAUCUGCUGCUCAGACAGUCUCCAAUAUUGCGACAACUCCUCCGCUUAUUCAGCCGGAUGAGUUCCUGGGUGCUUCAAUCUUUGAUUUCAAACCGGAACUCACCGACGAUAGACGACCUCCUCCGUCAACUGAGCCACCGUCUCUCGCGAUGAGAAGAUAUUUGAAUCCAAGGGCAAUCAUAUCCGACGAUUCUCCAGCUCAACUGCAUUUCUGGCUGGAUGAGAAACCUGCCUUCAAUUCAAAUUCGUCCGAGGAUCGUAAACGAAAGGCCAAACCCAAGAGAAAGAAUCUGGCAGUUGGCACCAAUUCUUCAAAGCUCAAGAAUUCCAGGAAUAGAACUGCCCAACUCCCACCGGUCCUCCAGUUAUCAACAUGUAUCCCCUCGACAAUUCGGACCCCCUAUGCGUCGAGUCCACCAACGUGGUUGGAGCCAGACGGCACCCCGAGCAACAAACAUAGGGCUGCACAAACCCUCACUGAUGGCACUAGCGACCUUCCUUUUGGUGAAGGCCAACCGCGACCUCGUGAACCCCGUGAAAACCGGGACUUCCUCCGUAUUUACGUUUGCGAACUCAACAUGCGCAAGACUGGCAAGUUGUCCGAAGAGGCGAUCGGGCAUGCGAAGCUAUGGCUUCCACCUGUCAUUCCCACGGAUAAGGACAACAAAUACGGCGCAGGAGAUGGUGCUCUCGCAGCAGUAGAGAAGAAGACCGGUGCUGAAAGGUGGACCAGUUGGUCCUCUGAUGAUAUAUGA